ACUAGCUAAAAACCAAAUUAUCUUGGUACUGAAAAAGGUAUAUGUAUACAUCUAUGUAUAUGAGUUCAUAUGAGAAACUGAGAAGUGAGAAAUUGAGAAACGAGUUCUCAGAACAUGACUAUAUAUAUGUGUGUGUUCCAUCUUUUUUCAUAUAAUUGAAUACUUUUUAGUCUCUUUAUCUGAUCUGUUUUCUCCUUGUUAUGCAAGUACUUGGCUAGUUGGCUGCAGGAAUCGCAUUCACACAAUCCUUUACUCUGGCAUUCAAGCACCUGCAUAGGGUUUGUCUGACAGAACUUGACUUCAGUAACUUUAGUAUGUUUGGAUUCACUAUUAGCAUACUUCAAAGUUGUCCCUUCAUCAAGGAUCUUCACAUAUCACUCGAUCCAAACAAAAGCGCUGUUAAGCACAAAUUUGACUACAAUGUGGAUUAUAAGUUAGGACAUCUCCUUAAGGUUGAAAUCACAGGUAUUACAGGGUCAAGUGCAGAGUUCCAACUGAUUGAAUAUGUGCUUGCUACCUCAGUUGUUCUUGAAAAAUUGCUAUUCCAGUGUGCUGAUCUUGACCCUAGUUCAGAGCUAAAGGUGUCGCGGGAGUUGUUGCAGUUACCAAGAGCAUCGACAAAGGCGAAACUUGUCUGUUUGAAGCAAUAGAUGAUCUAGGAUUGGCCUCUUUAGUGAUGUAUUUUCUUCCAAUAUCUUCAAAUAGUUUAUGUUUUCUAUAAUUGAAUUCUUAAAUUUUGUUAGCUGUUCUAGAGCUAAUUGACUUC